UUUUAUCUGUAGUCUGCCUGCUUGCCCGUGUUCUUGUUGACUUGGUUUUCUUCCUGUUUAUAAUUUUCAUGAAAAAUAACGGAAAAUGCCGCCUAACUGUAAUACUGUGUGUUAGAAAUAAUUAAAGCUUCAUUAUAACAAGAACAUUAUGUGUUAAUCUCCUCCUCACUGUGUAUUAUGUGUUGUAAACUAAUCAAGACUAGGAUGAAACAUACUUUGGUUUUGUAGUUAAUAAUUAAAACGCCUGCCAGGAUGGAGCAUGCAGAUUUGGUGGCCGAAAUGGCCCAGGUGGAGCAUCUGACUACUCAGGAGAGGCUACAUCUGGCUAGAAGACGCCGCAUGCAGCAACUAAAGCUAUGGCAGCAGAGGGAGAAGGAGUGGGCGCGCACGAGGGCGAAGAGAGAGAAGAGCAACAAGCGCGGCAUUUACUUCAACGAUAGCGUCAUGCUGCUUGAAGCCGCCGCCAGGAAUGACAUCGACGAAGUUCGAAGACUGUUAGCGCGCGGAGUUACACCAGACGCGACAAACGAGGAUGGCCUAACAGCGCUCCACCAAUGCUGCAUAGACAACAACGAGGCGAUGAUGCGACUCCUCCUAGACCACGGGGCCAAUGUCAACGCUGAAGACAGCGAGAAGUGGACGCCUCUCCACGCGGCAGCUACCUGUGGGAACCUCAACCUAGUGCGAGUGUUAAUCCAACGCGGAGCCAACCUCCUCGCUGUUAACGGCGAUGGGAACAUGCCAUACGAUAUAUGCGAGGAGGAAAGAACGCUGGACGCUAUAGAGAGCGAAAUGGCGGCGCGAGGCGUCACGCAGGGGUUGAUAGACGAAACGCGUGCGGCUACCGAAAUGCAGAUGCUGAUGGAUGUGGCGGAGUUGGUGAAGCAGGGGAUGGAUUUGGACGAGCCGAGGGAUAACCAGGGUGCGACACUGUUACACGUAGCGGCCGCAAACGGGUACAUAAAAGUAGUGGAGUUUCUCUUAGAGCACCGCGCCUCUACAGACGUCGUGGACCACGACAUGUGGCAGCCGGUCCACGCGGCCGCUUGCUGGGGCCAUUUAGAAGUAUUGGAAUUAUUAGUGCAAUAUGGUGCUGAUCUCAAUGUAAGGAAUAAACACGAUGAAACGCCAGCAGAUAUAUGCGAGGAGGGCGAGAUGCGCGGGCGCAUCUUGCGGCUGGCGGUGGAGCAGGAGGAGGUGCGGCGCCGCGCGGCCAACGCGGCCGGCGAGCGUCUGCGCGCCGCCAGGAGGUCGUCCUCUACGGCCUCCACCAGCAGGGUACGCUCGGUGCGGCGCACGUCGCUACGCGAGAAGCAGUUAGCUGCGAAGGCGGACGCGCGGGGCGAGGCGCGUCUGCGGGAGACCUUCGACUCCGCUGUAGAUGACGAGUAUCAGGGCCUAACAAACGGCGUCGAAAAUGAUGCAUCCAAAAAUCAGAACACAAGCAACAUAUCAGCCGAUCUGUCGCACCCGAGAUUGUCAAUCAGCUCGACCACGUCCAACCAGAGCUACGACUCGGGGAACGUUGACUACGCGGUGCCCAAACAUUCGUACAACCAGAAGAAUUCGCUGAGAAGUGACGUCAUCGACUCGAAUGACAACUUGACCUUCAACCAACCGAAGAUCAGCAACCCACUGUUCGGCGUGAACGCCGCGUCGCACUACUCUCCUGGGCCGUUGCACGAAAACGAGACAAAGUUCGAGCGAACGUUGCCCAACGGAGUCAGGAAGGCGCCCGAAGGCCAAGACAACGAAGGAUACAAAACCGAGGACGCGAUAGACGGUAGGAAAGAGUUGGUAGUGAACCCAAACCCCAUCGCGAUCGCUGAAGGCGGCACCGCUACCUACACCACAGACAAUAAUGGUAAAAUCAAUGUUCAUGUCACCGUCAUGAUUAAUGCAGGAACUUUGGCGGAUUUGAAAAAGCAACGUGCACAAAUACGAACGAAUGGGAGCCCGGUCGAGAACAGUCUGAACUCGACGACGAAUCACAGCCUCAGUUCGAUUCAAGAAGGGAAGGACACGCAAAUACAGAUAAGUCCACCCACGUUAGUUCCAGGAACGGCGACCGUACCACGGUUCUCGGGGAACACCAGCGACGUGGUAGGGGACACCAAGUCGCAUCGUUGCUGCAUCAUUAUGUGAACCACGGUUCUCUAAAAAUACCAGCGACGUGGUAGGGGACACCAAGCCGCAUCAAUGCUGCAACAUUAUGUGAACCAUGGUUCUCAAAGAACACUAGCGACGUGGUAGGGGACACCAAGUCGCAUCGAUGCUGCAUCAUUAUGUGAACCACGGUUCUCUGAAAAUACUAGCGACGUGGUAGGGGACACCAACCGCAUCGAUGCUGCAUCAUUAUGUGAAUUCCCAUCAUGAAAUCGAACCAUUCGAUGCGUACAAGUCUGAUUGUCAUUCCAAAAAUAAAAAUGUUAUUUAUUUCGGUUUCAUCUAGGCUACGUUUGUCGACAUAUUUACAGCAUCGUUUUUUGAAAAAAACAAUUAAUAUUUUAAUUUGUACACGCAUUUAUUAGUUUGGUUCCACAAGUUGGAUAAGCGAUGCAUGAAUCAAUUGUUAUUAAUUUAUGAAAAUUGGAUGAAAAUUGCCAUUUUUGCUCACGAAGCAAGGGCUUGCCAAUACGCUAAGGAAGUGUGAUACUGUAAGAGCUCAACGGUUAUCUAGAAAAGUUGGUUGCUAUUAUUUUAUGUAUAAUAAUUAAUAAUUUUUCGUAUUAAUUGCAUUGUAUUUUUCCAGUUGUUUAUGUACAUUCCGUUAUUUGGAUAUAUUGAUAAAUAGUUGCUAAGGAAACUUCGCAUGUUAAUUAAUAAUUAUGUUUUAUGGAAAGGCCUUUUUUUUGUUUUCAAACAUUUAUUUUUCCUGUAAACAUUUUACGAUUUGCAACUAAUGUUAUAUAUAAACUGGUUAUGUUAACUAUAAAUUAUGUUUUUGGCUUUGUACAGUAUGUAUACAGUGAUUUAUAGGUUUUAUAGUACAUAGUGUACAGUUACCACAUUGUCUGGUACUUUACUGGCAAGUGUGGACUCAAAUUUGGCUAUCUUGGUCCAAUUCUAUGGACUAGAUUUCUGGAUUUCUCAAGUCUUUAGGUAUACUGCCGAAUGUUUCAUAUAGCAUUUUCGAAACCACUUUUUUUGGUCUUGGCAUUGCUACUUGAAGCUACUCCAACUUUAACCAAGUACAGAAUGUAAAUAAACAAAAAAUAAUAAUAAAAUUAAAAUGUCAAUAUGACCUUUGCGCUUGUCUUGAUAUAUUUUGUUUAAGAAACCAUAACAAAAAACAGUAGAGAUAUACAAAAAUUUUAAUUUUGUUUAUGGUUCAGCCUCCUCUAAAUUCUUCUUUGAAUAACAAAAGAAAAUAUCUCCAAUACUAAUUAAUAGAUAACGAGCGUCGCUUAUAGAUUUAUUCACUAUGGUCUAUGUUUCAAAGUAAGAACAUGUUAUGUAAUUUACCGUGUAUUACAAUACAUACUCAGAGGCACGAUUACCCACCCACUGCAAUAUGACUCGAGUUUAUUAAAGUGUGCGGAUAAUUGUGCCUCUUGAGUAUAUAAUGCGAUCGGUUUGUUUGAAAAUACAAAACCAUUUCAGUGAGUAAAGGUCUUAUUAGAACCAUGAACUUUUGUAAAACUUGAGAGCAAUUGUCAAACAGUUGCUUUUUUGACCAGUUUUUUUUACAAUUUUCAUAAUGUAUCUCUUGCAAAGUAAUUCUGUUUUUAUUGCAACUUCUAAGACUGGAAUUGUUUUAUAGGUAUAACUUGUGUCGUUUGACCGGUCUGGGAAACAAAUAUUGUUAAUAUUUUAGAACUAAAUAAUUGAAAUCCUAAAUGAAAAACAAUGGGGAUGAUGACUAGGUUUGAAUAUAUUGAUUUUUAUGAUACAUUCGGGUAAAUAAGGUCAAUUUUAACUAAUUUAUACAUAAAAAGCAAAGAUUGACUGGAUAUUUGAAAAAUAAAUAAGAUUAUAAAAUUUCAAAAUCUACUAAAAAUAUUUUAUCGUAUAUAGAUGAAAAUUCAUACAGUUUUAGCUUCCUUACAUUAAAUGUGACGUUUUUUAAUAUGUGAACUAUAAACAUAAACGCAGAAAUAACAAAGAUCCAUACGCCGCCAUACAGAACGCCCAUACAAAUCUAACGAUCAUUAAUUGCCUACGACGUCAUAAGUUCGUACCAUUUUGUAUGGGGCGUUUUUCAGGGAUCCGCGGCAGCGCCGCAAAUCUGACCCUUUAAAUCCCUGUAGCUCCGAAAGUAAUGAUCGCAGAUACCUUGUUACUUUUACAAAAUUGCUUUACUAUUAGCGUACUUUUAAUUUAGACACAAUUUAAAAAACUGUCAUCAUCCCUAUUGUGGAAACUCAAAGGGGUUCAGAUAUAUUCUACGAGUAUUCACUCAAUAAAUUAAUAAAAGUAUUGAAUGUUACAAUUAUUGUUUCACAGAUUGCGUUUGGUUCAUGGGGCUAGCAAUGUAUUGUACAAUGAUUAUUUCUGCACGAUUAUUAUAUACAUUUUAUUUGUGAUACCUCCUGCUUUUACUAUAGUUGACUAUUCAAGUCAAUAGAGAACAUGCAGCAUAAAAUUUACCUUCUUCUUCUAUAUUAGAAAUCGUCCGUUAAAAUUAACUAAUUAUGUAAUCAUCUAAUAUUUACUCAGAGGCACAAUUAUCCGUCCACUUUAAUAUACUCGCGUCAUAUUAUAGUGGGCGAAUAAUUGAGCCUCUGAUUAUAGUCAUUUUAACGAAUUGGCGCUACAUGACAUUUCAUUGAAAUAAUCGCUACUACUUUGCAGUUAAGUUGUACACAGAUAUACCAGAUAAAAAUAAGCUACUUAGAUACGUACAACAGGUGCAGCAUACGUAAAGUAGAUGCCGUAUACUUAUUAAUGUGCCGUUUAGAAGCAACACCAUGUUACAUACGGAGCUUGUAUGCAUGGUGCUGGCUACAAUUGUAAUAGUGUCUGGAUUACUAGUUACUACGUUUUGUACGUGAGGCGGUCCAGAAUUUUUUUUAUAUGGCUGCUUGUGAAAUGUUAAACGUUUCGGCUCUUGACCUUGACCUUAAAAAAAUAAUACAUUUGAGUCUAUCUCGGCUAUCACCAUCAAGUUUUUGAGUUCGUUAUAAGACGAACGCCGUCAUAAUACCUUGCUAGCCCCUCUGUGUGAAUAACAGCUGUUUGUUGACAGUGCGAGGGGGCCAUGCCAUUCCAACGGUUAGGCCUAGUUCGGACUACUUUAGUAUUUUAAUCGAGUACCUACGAAUUUUUGGGCGGUGAAUCCAAAAAUUGUUUGUACUCGACUAAAAUACUAAAGUCGUCUGAACUAGGCUUCAGUGCAUGCAGAUCCAUGCGUUACAAUAAUACACGAUUCGACAUUUUGAAUGUAUACUUGUAUUGAUGCUAGAUGUUACGGCGCAAUAAGUAUCGCAAAUGGAUUUACCCCGAUGUCUAUUGACUUUACCCAGUGGCGACUUAUACAAAAAUAUACAAAUUUUUGAGAAAAUUAAGAGAUUGACAUUUAAAGUUCUUUCACACUAGCAUUCACAUAGCUGCAGCGAAUAACACGUUUAGUUUGCUAUCAGAAUCUAUGCGGCUUUGGUGUCUGAUACGUUGGACUAGAAAAAUUCUUUCUUGUGAUGGAGCUUUAAUAAAAAUACCUAUUUUCGAGUACAAUAUUUACUGUGGAGCUCUUGUUAAAAAUAUAUUUUAGUUCAGAGGUUUGUGUAGAACCGAAAUAUGCUUUUUGUAUUUUGUCAUUUCCCAAGUGACUUUCUAGGUUCUUAGGUUGCUUAAAAUUGCUAAGUUUUUCAGCAGAAAUUUUGCAAAUUGGCUUGCGAUAACUAUUGCGCUAUAAUCCAAGUUUAAGUAACACUAUACUACUGUAUUAUGUGUAACGCACGCAUGUGUAUUCUUGUGCCUUUUAUUUCCAUAUUUCUUGUUGCCGUUUGGAAUUUUAAAAUGUUUGUAACAGUUUUGCUGGGUACUAUUUUUAACUAACACUUAUGUAAGUUCUCCUAUUUUUACGUAAAUGCUAACGAGAAUAUUAAAACGGAAAUGAAUUUUCGAACGCCUUGUUAACCAUGGAAAUUAAAAUAUAGCCUUUUUGAGCCCGUUUUUCUAGCUUUGACAUACUGGCAAAGCCUCCAGUGGGUCCUCAGGCAUUUUUUUUUUCAAGAACAUUAUAUCGGAUAGCUGCAAAAUCCGAUCACAGCACAUUUUUAUUUCUCAAGGUCAUUUGUAAUUCCUUUUGAGUCUCAAAUACAAGAAGUUUUAUAUGGGCCAUCUACUUGUAGAUCUCUUAAUUUUUUCGCACUGUACCUACAUUAAUAUACACUCUUAAUAUGGCUAAGUACAGUGCGAAAAUCAUAACGCCUUUCAUCGCACAAAAAUAUCAAAUUAACUCUCUUUGUGUUCUUUAUUUUGUGGCUUUGGUACUUAGGAGUAAGAGAAAGUAGACACGCGUCUAGAGAAUUUAUUUCCGAUUUAAAAAAAUCUAUUUAUUACCUAUAUAUUGGGUGUCUAUGUGUGUUAAUAUGUUUUAUGUGAAUAUUUUCUUGUACUACGACGAAAGUCAUUAUUCCAGACACACAAAUAGUCCCUGGAUAACGCACACUGCUAGCUAAUGUACCGAUGACGUGCUCGAUGUCUAAAUGUACUACAGUCUAUGUAAGGGUCUUUGCACACAGACAGUGUUACAUUAACAACAUAUUUGUCGCUAUGCCAUUUUGCAUCGUUCAAUCAUCAACGCAAUAUGUGUGCAUUGUCCCUAAUUCAAUUUAAAAAUUGGCCUAUAUGAAUGCAGUAAAAGUUUUAAACAAUAAUGUAUAUAUCAUUUGUAUGUUUUAAAAUCUUUACUCUUAUAAAGUCUAUAGGUAUGUGUUUAAGUUAUUAUGUUUUCUUAAAUCACUAAAUACUCUAGAUUUGUGCCAAUUUUCAGUCUGAUUUUAUUGCGAAUCGUACAUUAUUUAAACUACGCCAGUUUUUUCUAUACUAUUGGUAAUUAUACAUUUUUAUGAGAAUUUUCUUAUAUCUAUUAUAUAGACAUUUUUUAAUCUUUUUUAAAAAAGGAGAGAGAUUAGUAAAUCUACGAGUCCAGUGUUCAUUAUUAUCUGUGGUAAAUCUUAAAGAAGGCAACUAACAUUCCAUUACUAUUGUUGAAAAUAUAUAAUUGUGUGAAUGUAAAUAUUUUUUUGAUAUAUAGGUACUUACAUAUUAUAUUUGUCACGUAGAAGUCAUUAGAAAUCCAUCCAUUAGGGUGCGUUUCCGCUAAGACGACCAAAGACUUGCAAGAAUAAACUCUACUGUUUAAUGAUAGGUAAUUAAUUUAUUUGUCAAAAAUUAUGCGUGCUUGAUACGUAAUCAAUAUACUCGUAAUAACAAUCAUUUACGUUGCAAUUUUCAGCGAAAAUCUAGAACAUUUACUUGUUUUUUCUCUUUUACUCCUAAGUACAAGUUGUCUACACAAUGUAAAAUUGCAAAGAAUUUCGCGGAAAAUAGCAUUGUACAUGAUGAACAUAGGCAAAGUAACGCCUACCUUAAAGUACGUGUACUUGAAUUUAAUAUUUCAAAUGCAAGAAUUGUACUUAAGUUUACACACAUUUUGGUCUGUCCUUGCAAUUUUUUUGUCCUAUACCCUGUGCAGAAACGACCCUCUAAGCCGCGUCUGGACUGACUGACUAAUUUUGUUUCUAUAUGAAUGGUUUAAAGAAAGUAUACGUACUAACUCAGUCAAUCUGGACACGGCUUAUUAUUUAGUAAUCCAUUCGUCCAUAUCAUAGUCACUAGAUUAGAUUAGUUGUUCCGGUAGUUCGAUGUAGUGAAUGUAGUACUUAAAAAGUACUUAACACCAGCUUAAAACUUAAAACUCUUAAGUGUUUUAUUACGUAAUGUCGCAAAUGUGAAUACAGUUAUACUUAUAUUAUUACACUGUAGCCUAUUUAUCUUCUUACAACGGCGGCCCAUUUUCAGUGUUUGUAAAAAAUAAAUUAGUAAGUAGUUUUAUAAACAAAAACAAAACAAAAAAAUAAUUUGUAUUUCGAAAUUUAACACUAACAACCAUUACUUAAAUUAAUUUAAUAUCAAUAAUUACCAAUAAAAAAAAUACUCCAUUUUAUUUCUUUGGUUUCUGUGAACAGUUUUUAAAAUAUUUAUAAACAUAAGACGCCAUUUUUCUUGAAUAAUAUUGAAAGUUACUAAUGCGACGCUUCAUGUCGUACUGAUUCGCGAAUGUAUUACUUUUGAAUUUUGUAUUUGGAGCGGCUACGACACCGUCGUGUUCCGUACUCUCCAUCUGCCUAUUAUUGAUUAUUCUGUUGGACAAGGAAUUUUCCAAUCUUUACUUUUAGUGCAUAGUUAAAAACCUUAUGCACGCCACUGAUACUUAUGUAGGGGUAGGUAAGAAAUGCACAUAUCUUAAAGCGUAGCUUGACCAGGUCAGCUAGUAAACUAAUAAAAUUUUUGUCACAAAACACACAGACUCAAAAUGGGUCGAAGUUGUAAAAAUAAGUAGCACAGUGUAAUGCUAGCCACAAACGGUCAAUUAUUCUCACGUUUCUGAAAAGCAAACGGCAGUACCCACGCGGCAUACUAUACAAGUCAUGUACGCAGUGACCAACACACGAUCAAUUACAGCCGUGGGUGCUACAGAAACGUGAGAAUAAUUGACCGUUUGUGGCUAGUAUAAAGAAACUUAUGUGGAUCAAAGCAAUAUACAAUGGCCUUAUAGAUAUCUAAGCACAAAUUGUUUCGGUUGUUUUUUUUUUUUUUUAAUUUUAUCCUACAGUAUUAUUUUAGGAAAGCAUUUUACAGGUUUGCAUUUUGUGAUAAUUCAUAUUUUAUCAGAAAUAAUAUCCUAUUUACAAAAUAGUUUGUCUAAAUCGGGUCUAUUUUUAUUAAUAUUGUAUCUAGAUGUUUAAAAGUUUAUAUUGAAAAUUUUAGUGAAAAUAUUUCUUAUAAUGGAUGUACGCUAUUUACUAAUUCACUUGCACAUAUCUCAUCAUUAUGUAUUUUAGAAGUUAAUACCUACUUAUUUCAAAUGUGCGUGAAAGUAAGAAAUAACUUAUUUCAAAUAUUUAUAAUAUUGUAAUUUGGAAUUAAACCUACAUCAGUGCCUCUUUAUUCUUGCCUUAAAAAUGUUAUAUUAUAUAUUACCAUUUACCAAUGUGUUAUGUACUCUUAAUAACGUGUUAAAGUGAUUUUGGUUAAAAUUAAAUAAAAAUUCUAAAUAAAAAAAUGUUUAUUAAAAUUUAGACCAUGAAUUAGAUGUGUUUCAAAUCUUUGGUUUUUAUUGUUGUAAAGUAACGGUUUUAAGUAAAUAUGACAACUUCAAACUAAUGUUGUGAAAGCUCCAAAAACCCAGACCUGUAUUCGGAUAAAACCAUCAUAAAAUGAUAUUUAAAAGUAAAAACGUACUUAGUUAUAUGUAACAUAAGCAUUACUUUACAAUUUUUACAAUAAUUGUCUAUAAAAAGUUAGAAAUAGAAGUUAUUAAAGUCCGGUCACUCAGAGAUUGCGUUUUUGACAGGUAGUGAUCGAAUGGGCGAUGUAACUUCGAAAUGGCAUACAAGGUUGUUGAACUGCGCUGUUUCAACUGUUUGUUAUGCCAACUAUUUGUCUUUGUAGUGAUGAGACAAAAUAACGAGCCAAUAAUACAGUAGUUGACUCAUAUCAAAUUCAAUAUAAACAAUAUUAAUUUCGCAUAGUACAUGGAAUAGGGAUUCCAAAUAUAUGGAUAUUAAUUUAUUAAAGUUAUGGAUUUCUUAUUAAAACAUAAUUUAAAAAUCAUGUAUUGUUUCAAAUUUUCCAAACGUGAAAAACACUGUCGUCCAUUUUGUGACGUCACAAUUUUACCAGAUGUACUAAACUUUAAAUUAAUUGUUAAGUAAUAUUUUUGUCAAACGCUCCUUUUGUGACGUCAUGAAACAGUUGAAAUAAAGAUGGUUAUUUCAACUAUUUCAUGAUGGAUUAUCAAAAAAAUUAAAAACUAAAAUUUUCAUGUAAUCAAAAAAUAAAUAUUAAUCUAGUAAAACGAUAAUGAACUAUUUAAGAUCAUUUAUAAAGAUAAAAUGUCGACUAGCCUAUUGAAUAUUCUUGUCCCAUUCGAUCACGACCUGUCAGAAACACAAUCUCUAAACGACUGGACUUUAGUAGAAGUUGUUGUAUGAUAAUAUGCCGCUUAUUCUUAUUUCUUGGUUCCUAUUAUCCAUUUAGCCAUAAAAUUAUAUUAUCCAUUUCAAUUCAAACAUAUAAUCAUUAAAUUAUCCGUCAUAAUUAUAUGUUUGAAUUGUUUGUUGUAUCCUAUUUUUCCAGUGUAUUCAAUGCAGCUCUAAAAGAGUUAACAAAUGGUUGGUCAAUGCCCAAAGUAAAGAUGUACAUAUAACUUUCCAUCUAAGUAGGUAUAUGAAUAUAUGCAACACUCAAAAACCUUAGUUCGAUCAAAAUAUUUCGUUUAUACAUAAAUCGCAUUGUAAAUAUAUUUAUAUAUAAUUAUAAGUUACGUAAUUAUAACGACACAUUUUUAGUCGUAUUUAAAAAUAUACAGGCAUAAGUAGGAUAGGUUUCAGUUAACGUUAAUAGAAAGAUUCCAUAAAUUAGUUUGAUUGAGUGUGUUUUGGGGGAUACUCAAUUAUGUGUUGACCCUAUAAGUGGUGUAAUUUUAAUUUCGAUCGUUAAAAUGUGUUUGCCUGAGUUUCCUACAACUUGCCAUCUCGAAAUUCUUGCCUUCUUUCCCUUUAAAUAAUUCUCAUCUAAAGGGAACUGUUAGGGCCUUUACACUUAAGCUUAUAGAUAGAGACAAAUAGCAUAAUUCAGUCUUCUUCUGCGUGGUGCAGGAAUGUGGGGAUGACAACAAAGGGGCGAGAGAGGUGCGAGCGGCAAUAUGCGAGUCUGUUAAUAAAUAAACCGGUCAAGUGCGAAUCGGACUCAUGCAGGAAGUAUUCUGUAGCAUUAUCUGUAAAAACAACAUAAAAAUCACCUUUUGUAUGGAAGACCCCAGAAAUAUUUAUUUUAUUCUGUCUUUUUUUUGGUAUUUGUUGUUACCUAUAGCGGCAACAAAAAUACGUCACCUGUCAACAAAACAAACAGACGAAUGGUGACAAACGGACGGACAGACGGGACAUAUAGCGGAGUCUUAGUAAUAGGGUCUUUUGUAUACUUUGAGUGAAGACCCUAAUAAAUAAGUGUAUGUCAUCUGUAGUAAUGUCGCACGCCUGUACUUCGCUGGCGUGGACUGGCGUGAUUUGGAUACAAACAUAUACUUUAACCUGAACUCUAAUAAAUAAUAUGCUGUUAACUGUACUCCCGUUACACUUGAAAAAGUCGUAGCACAAUAUUUUAUGUUAUAUACUGGCAAGUUAAUUAAUGCCAAAUUGCUAUUCUGUAAGCCACCGGCCCCAACGUCUUAGCCCAGGAUCGAGUCUCAUUUAUGACGCCAUUCAUCCCCCUGUUUUAUAGCACUCUACUCUUAAGUGCGUUUAUCUUUCAAAUCUCCCCUGACGCUCACACAGCAAAUAAACAAAAAAAAAAGAAAUCCUGUAACCUAAGUAACACAAACUCAUUAAGGCUGCCAGUCCACCAAAGCGGAGCGAGGCAGUAGAGUCGAGAAACGGAAAAAUAUUAACCAAUAGGAUUGCACAAAAAUCUCCGCUCCUCUUAAGUGGACGGACUUGCGAGAUCGAUUAAAAAUUCAUAUAAAACCAUUAAGCGGAGCGGGGAAACGGAGCAGGGUUAAAUAAAUUAAAUUUAACAUUAAUAUAUUUAAUAGUCUGCAAUUCUGCUCCGCACCCUGGCUCCGCUCCGGUGUACAGACAAUACGCAACUCCGCUCCGCAUCAGUCCGUUUCUCCGCUACGUUUCCUCACUCCGCUCUGGUGGAAAGGCAGCCUUAAUAGACAAUAUAUAAUAACACUAGCAGCUGCGUUUCACCCCUAUAGUUCCCGUGCCCGUGGGAAUACGGUCUUAGUUACUCAUUGAAUAUGUAGAUUUUAAUUUUUGAAAUCGAUCGAAUAGUACUUCAAUUAAAUCGUAGCAAACAAAAACAAUAACUCAAACCUCUUAGUUUAGACAUAUCAAUAUAUUAUUUUAUUCCAAUAUGCCGAUAGGUUCCAUAAUAAAUUUGCAUAGUAAUGGCAAGAUUGCACACAUACAUUGUUAUAUUUGUUAUAUGUAGGUGUGUAAAGGAUUUUAUUUACUUUAAUUCUAACUCCAGUUCUAGCUUUUGUAGCAAAUUGAAAAAUGUUAUAACUGUGGUCGAUUACAGAUGAACAUUAUUAAAUUUAUAUUGUGAUUUAUUGUUAACUGUAAUUAUUAUUAAAAAUUGUAUACCUAGUUUAUCUACUUUUGGAAGUCUGUUUGGCUUUGUAUGCAGUCAGUGGCGAAUUUGUAGUCUUUGCCGCCCGCCCUAAGCUCCUAGGCUGAAGUAGAUAUUUUAUUUACCUUUUGUCAAAAUCAACCGAUUUUGUAAUAUUUUCCGAGGUUUUGUGAAUAAUUUUACAUUUAAAUCAACUUUUUUCAUUUUAAUCAAUUUUAAUAAAAUCAAAAAUAAUUAAAAAAAAAAGGUAAAAAUUUUUCGAAAAAAAAAAGAAGUGAGAGUUAACUAGUCGGGCAUAAUCGGCGUUCACGUGAUUUCUAGCAGUUUUUCAUAAUAAGUUAAUUUGAAUACCACUCAUGAUAAGUAGUUCAAAUUCUAAAAAAGUGAUAUUUAAGUUUAAAAAAAGAAAAUUAGAAAUUAUUAUUAAAUUUAGUUAUUUUGCUUAUUUAUUUCCUCAUUUUUUCUCACUAAUGGCCGAUCCUAACAUCUGGCCGCCUUAGGCCCGGUCCUACUGGGCCUUACGGUAAAUCCGCCACUGGAUGUAGUGGUAAGGUGUAUGCCCAAAUGUUUGAAAGUAGACAAUUGUCAGUUAGCGUGUUGGUGUAUAAAAAAAAAACUUUAUAGUAGAAGAUCCGAAUUAGAAACGACCUUCACCCAUCUGUGUAAUGAAUAAAAAUGUAUUAUAUCCAAAAUUAGCAUGUUGAAAAAUAUGUUGCGGAGGAGUUUGCAUAAAAACUCCUGGCCACACUAUCAUACCAUGUUUAAUAAUGGUUAAUACUAAUGGUUUGGCCGGGAGAUUUUUAGGCCACCUAAUCCAUUUAACAGAUGGGUGAAGGUCGUUUUUAAUUCGGAUCUUAAACGGUUAGUUUAUACACACAUGCGUGCUUAGUCUCUUCUCUUAGCACUAAAAUCAAAGGCAAACGGACUUGCUGGAAUAGAUUAACUAUAUUUAUAUAAAUUAUAUUAAUACAUCUAUGGAUGCACCAAUUGUCUUGUGAUUUGAUUUAUCGAUUUAUAGACACACAUUGUUUUAUUAGGACUUUAUUAGCUACAAGACACUUGUUUUUUUUUUUUAUGAAGAACACUUACUUUUGUAUUUCUCAUUAAUAAUAAUAAUUAUAAAGUAAAGCGUAGACAAUGCCUGUAUAUUGCCUAGAUAUGCCUGUAUUUUUUCAUUAAUAAUAAUUAAUUAAUAAUCCAUUAUCUGAACUAAUUCAUAUUUAUUCAAACAGAAAAUAUAAACUGUUAAAGUAACCUGUGCUUGGGGUAUCGAACCCAGGACUUCUGUCAACAUUACCAAGUGCGCCUUACUCGAUAAAUGGGCUAUCUAACACUGAAAGAAAUAUUCAAAUCGAACCAGUAGUUCCUGAGAUUAGCGCGUUCAAGUAAACAACCUCUUCAGCUUUCUAAUAUUAGUAAAGAUUAUGUUGUCAAAAUAUAGGUAUUUAUUUAUGUUUACAAAAAACGAUAGUUAAUCUCUGUUUUUUGUUUAUUAUGGUUAUGGUGGCAUCCAUAGAUAAUAAUAAUAGACAAUAUAUUGCAAGACCACUACUGUUUGAUUGUUAAAUUAAAUUGGUACAAAUAUUAUUCUAAACUAAAAAAAAUGUUAAUUAAUUUAAUGCAAUUUUAAACUGUUGUAUUUUUAUGCCUUAAUAUUCAUAAUAAGUAAUCAAUAUAUUAUUAUCUAUUUAAGGAAUUUACAAUAGGUUUUAAACGUACUUAGUGACUGACUUUUGAACAGUAGUGAUUUAUAAUAAGAUGAUUCCUAAUUUUCUUAAAUAUUGUACGAAUAAAUCAGUUGUUUAAAUUAGUA